ACUCCAGCACAGGAACAGGAAAUGCACUUGCAGGAGAUGGCAGCUCUGGGUGCAACAAAGGAAUCCCCUCCUACCUCACCGCUCAGUGGAGGCUCAGUCCCUGGAGCCCUCUUGGAGCCUCUUCAUGACCCAGGGGCACAUCACCUUCCCAAUGUGCACUUUGCUCAACUUGUUUCCCCGGUUCCUGCCUUUCCCCAAGCUGGUAGCUCUGGAGACCAAGCAGGAACAACUGUGCUUUGGAUGGUCAGGUGCCAGGACACUGCGGCAUGUGAGGACCUGUCUGUGGAUGACACUGAGCAGAAGUGGAAAGGUCUGGCAUUCAGUCAGAGAGCCCCGUACUGGAACGUGAUGCUGGAAAAUUACCACAGCUCGGCCUCGUUGGCAGGUGAGAACAAGAUGGAGAGUUCAGAGUUAACUUUGAAGCAGGAAAUUUCUAAUGUAUCAGAGUUAUCUGAUAGCACAUUGUGGGUACCCUUUGGCCUGGUUCCUGGGGCACCAGUGUCUGGAGAUGUCCAUGAAGAUACAUUCAAAACGCUAGAAGGGCAACCCUUAGAUGAAGAAGAGAACAGACUACAAAGUGAUUUUUUGGAAAUAGUAGAUGAGGAUAAGGAAAAAUACAGGUGUGAAGAAUAUAAGGAAGUUGAGGAAAACCCAAAUCUGUCCUCCAAUCCUGCUGAACAUGGGGGAACUCGAAAGGGACGGAAGAAAACCUAUCAGUGUCAGGAAUGUGGGAUAGCCUUCAAAAGGAGUUCACACCUCAUUGGCCAUCAGAGAAUCCACACUGGAGAGAAACCCUAUGAGUGUAAUGAAUGUGGUAAGACCUUCAGGCAGACUUCUCAGCUUGUUGUUCAUUUGAGAACACACACGGGGGAAAAACCCUAUGUGUGCACUGAGUGUGGAAAGACCUAUCGCCAUAGCUCCCAUCUCAUUCUACACAAGAGACUCCACAGUGGGGAGAAACCUUAUAAAUGUAAUGAAUGUGGAAGAGGUUUCACUCAGAGUUCCCGACUCAUUGACCACCAGAGACUUCAUACUGGGGAAAAACCUUAUGAAUGCAGUGAAUGUGGAGAGGCAUUUAUUCAGAGUAAAAGUCUUCUCCGACAUCAGAUUCUUCACAGUGGUAAGCAACCUUACGAGUGUAAUGAGUGUGGGAGAGCUUUCUGUUCCAACAGAAAUCUUAUCGACCAUCAGAGAAUCCACACUGGGGAGAAGCCUUAUGAGUGUAAUGAAUGCGGCAAGGCCUUUAGUCGGAGUAAAUGCCUUAUUCGACAUCAAAUCCUCCACACUGGGGAAAAGCCAUACAAAUGUGGUGAAUGUGGGAAAGCCUUCCAUCAGAACUCUCAACUUGCUGACCAUGAGCGAAUUCAUACUGGAGAAAAACCAUUUGAAUGUAGUGAGUGUGGUAAAGCAUUCAGUCUGAGUAAAUGUCUUAUUCGACACCAGAGACCUCACACAGGUGAAAAGCCCUAUAAGUGCAGUGAGUGUGGAAAAUCCUUUAAUCAAAACUCACACCUCAUUAUACACCAGAGAAUUCACACUGGUGAGAAACCCUAUGAAUGUCAUGAGUGUGGAAAGGUCUUCAGUUAUAGCUCUAGCCUAAUGGUCCAUCAGAGAACCCAUACUGGGGAAAAACCCUAUAAAUGUAACGAUUGUGGGAAAGCCUUCAGUGACAGCUCCCAGCUCAUUGUGCACCAGAGAGUUCACACUGGAGAGAAACCUUAUGAGUGUAGUGAGUGUGGGAAAUCCUUUAGUCAGCGUUCCACUUUUAAUCACCACCAACAAACUCACACUGGAGAGAAGCCCUCCAGUCUGACUCAGUCAGUUUCUUAA